AUGGGAACUGGCUUUUACUUGACAAACGUACCUGCUGGCUAUCCAGGUCCUGAUGGGGCUUUCUACUGUGUUACCGAAGCGGACGUUGGAAAAUUUGAUAAUGCGGCCAAAAAAUGGGUUCCAGAAAUUUGCACAAGAACUAAUUACCUUGGAGAUAUUGUGAUAGAGGAAUUAUGGGUCGGAGACAGCGAAGCCGUCUUGGAGUGGGUCGGGUCAGAGAUGGAAAACCCCGAAAAGGCCUUGCGCUUCGAAUAUGCCAUAUAUGCCGGCGAGGGUCUGCAAAUGGCUAUUCCAGAUCAAGUGCUAAGCGACGAUGAUUCGGGUUUAUGGGCUCCCACACGCCUCCCCAUACACAUACACAUCGAGAAGGCUACCGCUCGACCCGGUCAAAUCGACAUCCUGGCUCUGCAAUCGAAUACGUACGGAGGAGGAUCUGUGGUUGCGGCCCCAAUGGCCCAGCCAGAUGCAGAGCCCGUCGAAGAGUACGAAUAUGAGGGCCUGCCACCGAACUUUUCGCUGUUGCAGAACAUGACCGCGGGCGCAUUUGCCGGCAUAGCUGAACACACGGUCAUGUACCCCAUUGAUGCUAUCAAGACCCGGAUGCAAAUCCUCAAUCCGACGCCCUCGGCAGUCUACAAUGGCAUGAUACAGGGAGGUUACCGGAUAGCUACGGGCGAGGGCUUCCUCAGUUUAUGGAGAGGCAUGUCUAGUGUGGUCGUCGGAGCCGGUCCCGCCCACGCGGUUUACUUUGCGACAUAUGAAGCUGUCAAGCAUGUCAUGGGAGGCAAUCAAGCUGGUGUCCAUCAUCCUCUUGCGGCAGCUACCAGUGGGGCUUGUGCAACUAUUGCUAGUGACGCCCUAAUGAACCCCUUUGACGUCAUCAAGCAGCGCAUGCAAAUCCACAAUUCGAGCAAGAUGUAUAAAUCCAUGUUCGACUGCGCCAGAUAUGUAUACCGAAGCGAAGGAGUUUCAGCUUUCUACGUCUCUUACCCUACCACCCUCUCCAUGACCGUCCCUUUCACUGCCCUCCAGUUCCUAGCCUACGAGUCCAUAUCCACCGUGAUGAACCCCUCGAAGAACUACGACCCGAUGACGCAUUGCUCUGCGGGUGCCGUGGCUGGAGGAUUCGCGGCUGCACUUACAACCCCCAUGGACGUUGUCAAGACGAUGCUGCAGACGAGGGGAACGGCGAAGGAUCCGGAGUUGAGAGCGGUUAACUCAUUCAUGUCUGGUGCACGGUUGUUGCGCCGAAGGGAGGGCCUGAUGGGAUUUUUCAAGGGUGUCAAGCCGCGAGUGGUAACUACCAUGCCAAGCACGGCGAUCUGCUGGUCGGCUUAUGAGGCUUGCAAGGCAUACUUCAUCAAGCAGAACGAUACCGUCGUCUGA